CGCGCGCACAUCGCGUCGCGAACGAAAGUGAACAGACUGUGACAGUGAUUGUGAACUCUGGAACAGUGAUCGGUAGCUGCCUGUGUUAUCCUGAAACUGUUUCUUCUAUCCCGAUCUACUUUUUGCGCUCACCUGAAAAGGCUUUCCUGACUUGAGUCACACUUGAAUUUAUGUCACCAAGAUAUUUCGGCCGCUGACUGACCGCACUGUGACCAUGAAGAGGACUAGGCUGCUGCUGGUGGCCGCUGUGCUCUUGCUACGGGAAGCAACAUGCGAACCUCCGGUGGACUCGGCUUCGUUACCGUUGGAACAUCGAACAGGGGCCGGCUACGGGCCGCCCCUGCCACCCUCGCACACGGACGACCCGUGGCCGUUAGCGACACCGGAUAGCCCCAAAAUAAAACACUUACAAGUUCAGUGUGAGAAAACACGCAUGCGAGUCAAUAUAGAAUUUGACCGCCCAUUCUAUGGCAUGAUAUUUUCCAAAGGAUUCUACAGCGACUCUCACUGUAUGCAUUUAAAACCGGGAACCGGUCAUCUCAGCGCAACGUUUGAAAUCUUCCUCAAUAGCUGUGGUAUGAGCAGUUCUGCUAACCAUAAUGUUGCUGCUUAUGGAAGUCCUACGCCUAGCGGCUCCUACGUAGAGAACACUAUCAUUGUCCAGUACGACCCAUAUGUUCAAGAGGUAUGGGAUCAAGCAAGAAAAUUACGAUGCACGUGGUACGACUUUUACGAAAAGGCUGUGACAUUCAGACCAUUCCAAGUGGACAUGUUGCACGCUGUUACUGCGAACUUUCUCGGGGACAACCUGCAAUGCUGGAUGCAGAUACAGGUUGGAAAGGGACCAUGGGCUUCAGAAGUGUCAGGAAUAGUGAAAAUUGGUCAGACUAUGACAAUGGUAUUGGCAAUCAAAGAUGACGAGAAUAAAUUCGACAUGUUAGUACGAAACUGCGUUGCACAUGACGGCAAGCGAGCACCGAUACAGCUUGUUGAUCAAUACGGCUGUGUAGUCAGACCCAAGAUUAUGAGCAAAUUCCAAAAGAUUAAGAAUUUCGGACCGUCAGCUUCUGUAGUGUCCUUCGCAUAUUUCCAAGCAUUUAAAUUCCCUGAUUCGAUGAAUGUACACUUCCAGUGUGUAAUUCAAGUAUGCAGAUAUAACUGUCCAGAGCCAAAGUGCGGUCUUGGAGCUGAUUAUGGAGUACCAUUGUUAGGUGGAAAUACUCUGGGUUCAGAAGAAUAUGGUGUACCAAACUCGCUUCACGCUGAAUAUGGUCCCCCGCCGCCAGCACCUCAUGGAGAAUAUGGUGUACCACCUGCAUUCCCAGACCCCCGACAUCCCGCGGAUGCAACUGGAUCAUUCUCAGAAAAACGCGAUGACGCGGUACCACCUCCACAAGCGCAAGUCUCAUCGACACCGAAUGCACCCAGCCCAUCAUCCCCCGCUCCAGCGCGAGAUGAAGAUGAAGUGAACCUACCACCCCCGCCACCACCAGGUCGCCGCGGCGUCUACAAUACUGUGAAGAGGAAAGAUGACGCUCACGUCAACUUAGCUACACUGGGAGGAAGACCACGCUCCGUGGAAGACCUGCCCGAGAGGCUGGUCGGAGUAAGACGGAGGCGUGAGACGUCAACGCCCACAAGAAUUUACAAGCGCGACGCUCAAGAAAUGACUGACGUCAAUACUAGUCGAACGAUCCAGGUGGUAGCGCCUGGAGACGUGAACUUCGCACUUAACAAUGCCGCGGCCAACGAGACCGUCGUCAUACAGUCUCCGGCGAGCGAUCCGGAGACAAUAUGCAUGUCGGUGCCGUCGUUCGUGGCGGGGCUGGUGAUGCUGCUGCUGGUGCUGGUGGUGGCGUCGCUGGUGGCCGCCUUCCUAUUCGUGCGCGUGCGCGCGCUCGACAGGAAGGGCGCGCACGCCGCCGCCUACUACGAGACGGAUUACGUGAAGCACACUAACUAGUGAGCGCGUCGGUGAAUGUGGCGCGAGGACGUUUCACAAACUUUACUCGGAUCCAAAGAGCGUGCGCGCUUCGGCCCCGGCCGGACGGCGCGCGGCGCUGUCGCGGUCGCGAUCGAAGCACGGUGACUGUGUCAGAUAUUUAUUUAGUUUGUAAUGAGCGUGAUGUAUAUGUUUGACUGUUUUUGUAAAUUAUUUUAUUCGUGUGAAAAGCACCCUGUAUCAGCCUUGUAGUCGAUACGUCUGUUGUAAUUUUGUAAAGAGUCGUAAGUAAGGUUUAAUGUAAGUUAAAUAUUAAUUAAACAUACCAAUCAAACGUGUCGUGUGA